AUGGCUACGUUAGCUACCACUACAACCACAGCAGCUGUGCUCCCGUCGAUUCAACUAAAAGUCAACUACAAGGAUUGCAAAGAGAUCAUCAAGGAUUUCAUCCAAACUUUCAAAUCAUCAUCUAGCAACAUUGACUUUGACGAGCAGCUUGAGCAAACGCAUGAAGGCAAAUACAUGAAUAUUUUGCAACAAGUGGCCAACAGAGAGCAGGCCACCAUAUAUAUCGAGCUAGACGACCUCAAGUCUUUUUUGCGGUACUACGACGCUGACUCGCCGCUGUUGUAUCAAGAAGCCAGAAACUUGUUACAGACUGUUAUGACAAACACAUAUAGAUUCAUCGAGGUGUUUAGCACUGUUAUCGACAAGUUGAUGCCCGAACCGACCAAGGAUAUAAGCUACCAGGACGACGUGUUGGACGUCAUUUUGUCGCAAAGAAAAUUGAGAAACCAAAGAUUGCAACAGGAUGCAAAUGAAGAGUUUAGUAGUUUGAGAGACGGGUUCACGCAACCAAUGGACGAGUUUGGUGAACGAGACGACGUUGCUGAUCCCACCGAUGUCAACAUUUUCCCCGCGAAAUUGACUAGGCGAUACUGCUUAUAUUUCAAACCGUUGACUCAAGGUGAUGGUGAUGGUGAUGGCGGCGUCGGUAAACACGACACGGCAUUGUCGGUUCGGCAAAUCAAGGGUAAGUUUGUUGGCCACUACAUCACAGUCCGCGGCAUUGUGACGAGAGUCAGCGACGUCAAGCCAAGCGUCUUGGUCACUGCUUACACAUGUGACAAGUGCGGAUACGAAAUUUUCCAAGAAGUCAAUUCAAAAGUGUUUACUCCGUUAUCGACGUGCAACUCGCCGGCGUGCACCUCCGAUAACAACAAGGGCCAAUUGUUCAUGUCAACUAGAGCUUCGAAAUUCUCUAGUUUCCAAGAAGUGAAAAUCCAAGAAAUGUCGACCCAAGUCCCCAUCGGCCACAUUCCUAGACAAUUGUCAAUACAUGUCAAUGGCGAGAUGGUUAGAGCAAUGAACCCCGGUGACACCGUUGACGUUUCCGGUAUCUUCAUGCCGCUGCCAUACACCGGGUUCCGAGCUUUGAAAGCUGGUUUAUUAACUGAAACCUAUUUGGAGGCCCAAUACGUUAGACAGCACAAGAAGCAAUACGAUUUGAUGGAGUUGAAUGAUGAAACAGAAGCGAAAAUCAGAGAGUUGCGGGCUGGCUCCCCCGGUGACGUUUAUGAAAAAUUGGCCAAGUCCACGGCACCGGAAAUAUACGGCCACUUGGACGUGAAAAAGAUUUUGCUCUUGUUGCUAUGCGGUGGUGUCACCAAGGAAAUUGGUGACGGUUUGAAAAUCAGAGGCGACAUCAAUGUCUGUCUCAUGGGUGACCCCGGUGUCGCCAAAUCGCAGUUGUUAAAAGCCAUCAACAAGAUUGCGCCAAGAUCAGUCUACACCACGGGUCGCGGUUCCUCUGGAGUCGGGUUGACUGCAGCAGUGAUGAGGGAUCCAAUAACCGAUGAAAUGAUCUUGGAAGGCGGUGCUUUGGUGCUUGCUGAUAAUGGUAUUUGCUGCAUUGACGAGUUUGACAAGAUGGAAGAAGGCGAUCGUACUGCGAUCCACGAGGUUAUGGAACAACAAACGAUAUCUAUUUCGAAAGCCGGUAUCACGACAACUUUGAAUGCUCGUACUUCAAUCUUGGCAGCUGCCAAUCCACUUUACGGAAGGUACAAUACCAAAUUGUCUCCACAUGAAAAUAUCAACCUCCCUGCUGCCUUGUUAUCGAGAUUCGAUAUCAUGUUUCUCAUAUUGGAUCAGCCAAAUAGAGAAAACGACGAAAUGUUGGCUCAGCAUGUCACCUAUGUCCACAUGCACAAUAAGCAGCCCACCGUGUCACUCAGUAAUGGAGGUGAAGAAUUUCAACCGAUAGACUCAAAAACCAUUCGAGAAUACAUUUCAAAAGCAAGAACAUAUAGACCCGUUGUGCCUACAGAAGUGGGCGACUACGUGGUGCAAUCAUACAUCAACAUGAGAAAAGAGUCUCAUCGCAACGAGGAUUCAAUCAAGAAAUUCAGUCACAUAACACCAAGAACACUUCUCGGUAUACUUCGAUUAUCGCAAGCACUCGCGAGACUUCGCUUCGACAAUUUGGUCACUAUGGAAGACGUAGACGAGGCAUUGAGACUCAUAGAAGUGAGCAAAUCUUCGCUUUACGCUGACGACGACGCAAUGCAACAAAUUAGAGACGACGAAUCCACGACAUCAAAGAUUUUCCAAAUCAUCAAGGGUUUGGCGGUCAAUUCUUCAGAUGGCCGGUUAAAGAAACAUUUGAAAAUGCAAGAUAUCAAGGAGCGUGUCAUUGCCAAAGGGUACACCGUGCAGCAGUUGGAUGACUGUAUGUUUGAAUACGAUGGUGUGGGACUCUGGCAAGUUAUCGAUAACGGGGAAACUUUGAUGUUUACCAAUACGGGAAACGACGACGACCGUGAUGAUGAGGAAAUGGAGGAGUAA